AAGAAAUAAAUCAGUCCAAUUCAGUUGUUUAUGUUCUUGUAUUCCUUCUAAUCUUGCUAAUAUUAGUGGUAUUAUAUCCUCCAAAAUAUAUUUGUUAGAUAAACCGUUCUUUUAUUGUUGAACAGAACACUUUCCUAAAAGAGGAAGAGGCAUAGGCGCAUUGCAUUUCAGUUUCUGAUAAAGAAAUGAAUCAACAGCUAUUACGGCCUCUAAGGUCAUUGCCAUGGUUGCACCACCACCACCCAAGAACUGCUGCUACUGCCACCCUUCUUCCACUUCAACAUCAUCAUCUUCUCUCCUCAAAACAACCACCCACGAAAUCAUCAUCAUCCUCUCAUAUUGCUUCAGCUCAACGAAACCUCAAUACCCGUUCGCGGGGUCUUCUACGACCCAAUGUUCCGCUACCAUCGCCAUCCACCACCGCAGACUUCGAUUCCGAACUAAAGAAGAGCCGCAACCAAUUGAAGCGCGAAGCAAAGCGUGCUGUGCAAUGGGCCAUGGAUUUGGCUUCCUUGUCUCCUCCCCAAAUUAAACGCAUCCUUGGAGUGGCUUCUUUGGACCAAGUUGUGUUCGAAGCUCUCAUGUUGGUUAAGAGACUAGGACCUGAUGUUCGCGAAGGAAAGCGGAGGCAGUUCAAUUAUAUUGGAAAAUUGCUAAGGGACGUGGAACCUGAUUUAAUGGAUCGAUUAAUUAAAGCAACAAAAGAUUCUGAUCAGAAGGAGCUACAAGUUUUAACUGGAUUAGGGGACGAUGAUCUUGAGGAUGAUGAUGACUUGAUAGAAAUUGAAUCGGAGGAGGAUGAAAAGGAAUCUAAUUCGUAUGAUAAUCAAGUAACAAAGUGGUUUGAUGGUUUGAUCGAUAAGGACAUUCAAAUCACCAAUGAAGUUUAUUCAGUUCAGGGAGUUGAGUUUGAUCGGCAGCAGGAGUUGCGAAAGCUUGUACGUAGAGUGCAUUCUACUCAGGAAAUGAAGGCUGCAGAUGAUGAAGAGGAGAAAAAGAAAGAGAUGGCAUCAACUCGGGCUAAGAAGGCGUUGACUCGAUUCCUUCGUGGUCUUGCAAGGAGUCUUACUAAUGAAUAUUGAAUAUUAUUAUUUUGAGGCUUCAUAUUGAGAGAUUAAUUUGAUACCGACAAAAUGGCUGAAAUGUAUGAAAAGUAAUAUACCCUGUCGUGGGUGGGCAGCAUGCUAAGGAAACGUCUUUCUUUCUCAUUUGAAUUAAACGUAAAUUAGUUGUUUGCAACUAGACCAUGAAGUGGUGAAUAUUUGAUUUGUGGUGUACAAUCGUUAAUUUAAGAAAUUGUACGAUAAGAGAUGAAUACGAAUAACUUAAGCAGAAAAAAUACUGAUAGAAACAUUAUCAAUUUAUCAUCUGCAGUUCACCUGUUGAACUUGUAUAUCGGUUGACUGGUCUUUUCUUGAGCUUAUUUUUUGUCAGAAGUCUUGUUGAACAAAGGGUAAAAAAAAUGGAACUCGAGUUAGUAAAAUUAUAUUCCCACAAGGUCUUUUAUCUGUUGCUCGCUUGUAAAUUAUCGUCUUUGGUUCGCUACGGUUAUUGAUCAACAAAAGAUUUCGUGUCUAAAGGGGAGAAUUUGUUACAACUAUUAAAAAAAUCGCUUCCUUCACAGGGGCUAGUUCCGUACAUAAAGAUUUAUUCAAAUAAGACACACUAUAAUAAUAUUUCUCAUGAAGAACACAUAAUUGCGCAUAGAAUUUGUAUUAUCAGUAUGGCACCCAACUACAAAACUUCAGAAAACAAAAAGAAAAGAGGGGGGAGAUAA